AUGGGGGAGACGAAUACCGUACAUUCACCAUUGGUGACAUAUGCUUCCAUGUUAUCACUGCUUUGUCUUUGCCCUCCAUUUGUAAUUCUACUAUGGUAUACGAUGGUACAUGCUGAUGGCUCUAUUUCCCAAACUUGGGAUUACUUAAAGCAGCAUGGUCUGCAGGGUUUCAUUGAAAUAUGGCCUAGACCUACUGCCACUGCCUGGAAAAUUAUUGCCUGUUAUGGUGCUUUUGAAGCUGCACUCCAGCUGCUUUUACCUGGAAAAAGGGUUGAGGGCCCAAUUUCUCCAACAGGGAAUCGACCUGUCUACAAGGCAAAUGGUAUGGCAGCAUAUUUUGUAACAUUGGCUACCUACGUCAGCCUUUGGUGGUUUGGGAUAUUCAACCCUACAAUUGUUUAUGAUCAUUUGGGAGAAAUUUUUUCAGCACUCAUUUUCGGAAGCUUCAUUUUUUGUAUUCUCCUGUACAUAAAAGGUCACUUGGCACCUUCAUCCACCGAUUCUGGGUCUUCUGGGAAUGCAAUAAUUGAUUUCUACUGGGGAAUGGAGCUGUAUCCUCGAAUUGGUAAAAACUUUGAUAUCAAAGUUUUCACAAACUGCAGAUUUGGGAUGAUGUCUUGGGCAGUUCUUGCUGUGACCUAUUGCAUAAAGCAGUAUGAAGUUAAUGGGACAGUAGCUGAUUCAAUGCUUGUAAAUACAAUAUUGAUGCUGGUUUAUGUGACGAAGUUCUUUUGGUGGGAGGCUGGAUACUGGAAUACAAUGGAUAUUGCACAUGAUCGAGCGGGCUUUUAUAUUUGCUGGGGUUGCUUGGUUUGGGUUCCAUCUAUUUAUACUUCUCCUGGCAUGUACCUGGUCAACCAUCCUGUAAAUCUUGGAACUCAGCUAGCACUUUUUAUUCUGGUGGCCGGGAUUCUUUGCAUAUACAUCAACUAUGAUUGCGACAGGCAAAGGCAAGAAUUUCGCAGAACAAACGGCAAAUGCUUGGUUUGGGGGAAAGCUCCAUCAAAGAUUGUCGCUUCAUACACUACCACAUCUGGGGAAACAAAGACAAGCCUUCUUUUAACCUCAGGAUGGUGGGGUUUAUCUCGUCAUUUCCAUUAUGUGCCAGAAAUUUCAGCUGCCUUUUUCUGGACUGUUCCAGCUCUUUUCAAUCAUUUUCUACCUUACUUCUACGUGGUGUUUCUUACCAUCCUUCUACUUGACCGAGCCAAAAGGGAUGAUGAUCGAUGUCGGUCCAAGUAA